UUGGAUGCUCCGAUGUAGCAACUUGCAUCUAUGAGUGGGUACAAAAAACAUGAAGAAAGUUUGUUAAAACAAAUUACCCAUCAACUUCUAUGCAAGUAUUACUAUGAAACUGCCCAGGAAUUCAGUGUAAUAGAAUCUUUUAGGAACUUGCAUGGAGGUCCUAUUUGAAUGAUGUGUGUGCUCCCUUUGGAAUUGCCUGUGUAGGCAGCAAUUAGAACUAAAGCUGAGGUAAAGUAUUGAGCUGAAACUACAGCUGUGAAUAUUUGUUAUUGUAAUAUUUCAUUUUCCUUUUUAAGAAUAUUAUGUUAAGUUUCAAAUUUGUAUGUGGAGUAAUAGUUUUUAGUGAGCACCUAUGUUAAAAGAGAAAUUUCAAUGUGCACGUAUCUUUAGGUGACUGGUCUGUACAUGGAUGGUUUCACCCUGACAUGGCUUAUUCUUACAUUCUUAAGAUUAUUUAAUUAGGUGACUAGAAUUGAGAUUGUUUUCUCAAUACUUAAAUUGUCAUAAAGCAUGAUGGCAUGUGCUAUCUAACAGAGAAUGGGUUUUUAAUAAAAGAAUAACUCAUUUCAAAAUAUUAUAUUCUAUCUUGUUUCUUUGCAUUUUGAGGCUUGGGUGGUCAGGGGAUAACAUCAUGACUGCCUAAAACAGUUGAAGCCACUUUGUAGCUCUGACUGUUGGUUUUGCUCUAUAGAUCAUCUACAGCAGGGGUGUCAAAUUUCUGGCUCGUGGGCUGAAUCUAGCCCAUGAAGCUCUGGCCUCUGAACCACCCCUUCCUCUCCCAACCAUGCUGCACUGCUCUGCUCCUUCCUCUCCUGGUGCGCCAGCUGAUGUUCAGUUCACCUCCCCACCCCCUGCAUGCCAUUGGUGCUGCACCAAGAAAGAAAGGGGAAAGGAAGGAACAGAACGGCGUGGAGGGAGGGAGGUGAACUGAACUUCCCUACACUCCUUCCUCCUGUCAUGAGCCUUUGGCCAGACAAGCCAUUCCUUCCUCCUCUUCCCCCCGCCCCGCCCCAUGCUGCAGUGUUCUGCUCUUUCCAUUCCCCUUUCUCAGCACAGCGCCAAUGGCAUAUGGAGGCAGGGAGUAGAACUGAACUUCCCCUGCUGUGAACCACUCCUCCUUUCCCCCCCACCACACCUGAGGAAGUGAGUGAGAGAAAGAGGGAGGCUUUCUCUCUGCAUGAGAGAGAGGAAGGGAGGAGGAGGAGGAAAAGGCAGUGGGAGCUGCCUUCCCCUCUGGAGUGAAUGGAGUGAGUCGGGAACGAGGCUGUGCUUUUCUUGGGCAUGAUGUUUUUUCUCAAUUAUUGAGAGAGACAACAUGAUUCCAUUUCUGUUUCUGAAUGCUGGACCUACACAUUUGGUUUACUACUUGAAUAGGACUAAUUCUGGAAAUGGGACCUAUUGCUACAGCACUGCACAGGAAAGUACUGUGCUCCAAGGUGUAACCUUUGGUGGAGUUCCUACUGUGCUCUUGCUUGAUGUAUCUUGCUUUUUGCUCUUAAUAUUAAUGUUUUCCAUAAUAAGAAAGCGAAUGUGGGAUUAUGGUCGCAUUGCACUGGUAUCAGAAAGAGAAAGUGAAUCCAGAUCUCAUGGAUUAUCUUCCUCAUCCGGGCCUGAUAACCUGGAUUCUGAUCCGGGCUUUUGUUCUUGGAUGACAGCUGCUUUUCGAAUGCAUGAUGAAGAGAUUCAUGAAAAAUGUGGGGAUGACGCUAUGCACUAUCUCGCUUUUCAGCGCCAUCUCAUCUGCCUGUUGAUUGUUGUCAGCCUAUUGUCUUUGUGCAUCAUACUUCCUGUCAAUCUAUCAGGCGACCUGCUUGAUAAAGAUCCUUAUAGCUUUGGGAGAACUACUAUAGCAAACCUGCAGACUGAAAACAAUCUUCUUUGGCUGCACACGAUCUUUGCUGUUGUUUACCUGAUUUUGACAGUCCUCAUUAUGAGACAUCACACUAAAGCCAUCAAAUACAAGGAAGAAGCCAUUGUGAAGCGCACAUUGUUUGUAACUGGCCUUCCUCCAAAAGCCCAGAAAACAAGCUUAGAAAAUCACUUCAGGGAGGCAUAUCCAACCUGUAGCGUGCAAGAGGUCCAGCUAUGUUAUGAUGUAUCCGGACUCUCCUAUCUCUACAGUCAGAGAAAAGUGGCUGAGAGAAGUUUGAUUUAUUAUUCAAACUUGCAUCGGAAGUUUGGCAAGCGGUAUUUAAUAAACCCCAAACCAUGUGGCCAGUUCUGCUGUUGUGAUGUCAAAGGUUGUGAGAGGGAGGAUGCUAUAGACUACUACACCAGGACUACAACUAAAUAUUUAGAAGCAUAUUUGAAAGAGUUAGAGAUGGUUUAUGAUAAGCCAUUGGGAAUGGCUUUUAUAACAUUUCAGGAAAAAUCUAUGGCAGCAUAUAUUCUUAAAGACUUCAAUGUCUGUAAGUGUGAGGGCUUUAAGUGUAAAGGAAAUCCCCAGCCAUCAGCCUACAGCAAAGAACUCCUCGUUUCAAUGUGGGAUGUUGCAUAUGCUCCCUAUCCAGAGAAUAUUAUUUGGCAUAAUCUUUCAGUUCAAGGGCUGAAAUGGUGGUUUUGGUGGUGUCUUAUCAAUCUGGUCCUCUUUCUUGUGUUAUUUUUUCUGACUACCCCUUCCAUCAUUAUCUCAACUAUGGACAAGUUCAAUGUAACCAAGCCAAUUCAGUAUCUUAAUAACCCUGUUGUUAGCCAGUUCUUCCCAACACUACUCCUGUGGUCCUUUUCAGCCUUGCUGCCAACAAUCGUCUAUUACUCGACACUUGUAGAAUCGCACUGGACAAAAUCUGCUGAAAACAGAAUAAUUAUGCACAAAGUCUACUCCUUUUUGAUCUUCAUGGUGUUAAUUCUACCUUCACUUGGUUUGACCAGUCUGGCUGUCUUUUUUCGUUGGUUGUUUGACAAUGAAUCUAAUGGAUCUAAAGUCAGAUUAGAAUGCGUCUUCCUGCCUGAUCAGGGAGCCUUCUUUGUAAACUACGUGAUUGCAUCGACUUUCAUUGGCAAUGGAAUGGAAAUACUACGUUUCCCAGGCCUCAUGUUGUAUACCAUUCGUAUGGUGCUUGCGAAGUCCAGUGGCGAGAGAAGAAAUAUUAAGCAGCACCAAGCAUAUGAAUAUCAAUAUGGAGCAAUGUAUGCCUGGAUGCUAUGUGUGUUCACGGUUGUCAUGGCCUACAGCAUCACUUGCCCUAUUAUUGUCCCAUUUGGGUUAAUCUAUUUACUGCUGAAGCAUACAGUUGACCGCCAUAAUCUCUACUAUGCAUACCUCCCUGCCAAGCUAGAGAAGCAAAUGCAUUUUGCAGCUGUGAAUCAGGCCCUUGCUGCUCCAAUUCUGUGUCUAUUUUGGCUCCUUUUUUUCUCUAUUUUAAAGCUAGGCCUUCAAGCACCUACAACUAUAUUUACAUUCCUAGUUCUCAGCAUAGCAAUUGCUUUUUGCAUCGGCUAUACGUGCUUUGGCUGUUUCAAGUACUUGAGCCCCAUGAAUUACGAGGUAGAAGGUGGCACGCUUGAUGAACAAACAUCUGAAACAGAUUCAGUAACGGUUCCAAAACAGUCUGCAUAUGUCCCCCGUGUUCUAUUUUAUGGCCAUAAUGAAAGGACAAUUCUGUCUCGUAUAGCGCACCCAGGCUAUGGCACCAUGAGGGAUAAUAAUACUGACACAGAAGAUGACUAUUUCUCUCUUGCUGAGGAGCCUGUUGUCAGUGGGUCAAUGUAAAAGCGUGUGGUUCAGUAUAAUUGACUAACACAAGGUGGCAUCCUUGGCCCUGCUUCAAAAGAGCAAGUUUCACCAAAAGAUGCACAGUCAGAAGUACUGAUAUGACUGUUCGGGAGGAGUCCAGUUGCUGUACUGAUAUUACAAAGUUGCUACCUUGGAAUUGUUCAUUUGUAUAGGUCAUCACACAAAUUGUGGCAUAGGCAUACUCAACAGCAGUGCUCAGAGAUACUACUUUGGGUUUUGUUUGCCUUUAUGGAAAUAUUUGACUAAAUGUGUUAAGGGCCAGAUCACUGUAGCUAAAAGAAUUGUCAAAACAUGACACCUGCCUUUUUUGAAAUUAUGCCUUCUGAAUUUUAACCAGCUUUGGCUAUCUGUUAAAUACUUGAUGGUUAAGUCCAAAGGCAAAAUCUGUUUCUAUAGGAAUAGUCAGUGUAACCUGAACAGUACUCUGAACCUCUGCCAGAAUCCCUUACCUUCCAGAGCAGGCAGGAACAUCUCUCUUCCCUGAAAGAUAGAGGGAUUUUCCUGCACAUGUAGAUAGAAAAUGUGCCAAAAUUAAAGGACUUAGGAUGAAAACAUGUAUUUAAGAACUUUUAAGUAUGGACUGUGUUUGUUCCCACUCACCCACCCCGGUGACCAUUUUAAGGGCCUCAUACACAGGGGAGCUUACUUGCACAAUAAAGGAUGUGAACAUUUUAUCAUUUUUAUCUGGUUAAAUGUAUGCAUUAAGUGAAGUGCAAAAGGUUUCACAACUGUAAGAUAUUAGGCUGUUUUUUAAAUUAUGAAAUAGGUAUGCAUUGCUACAAAAGGUAAAUUGGAUCCAAGGAUAAUUAAGCAAUCACAUUCAAUAAAACACUGAAUUCAGAUACA